UGCAAGGCGCUCUCCUCCUGGCACCAGCGACGGCGCCAUGGCCACCCGUGCCGUCCCUUGCGUCGUCCAGACGGCGGCCGCCGCCUCGCGCGCCAUGCUCGCAUGCGUCCCGGGCUACACGCCCAGGAUGUCCGUGGACAUGGCCGCCGCGCACAGCUGGGCGCCCUACGCGGCCGUCGUCUCCGCCCUCCGCCGGCUCUCCCUGACGCCCAUCCUAGAGGUCCCAAACCGCGAGGCGGCGAGAGCGGCCAUCGCCGAGCUCUACGGCCACGCCACACCGUUCGACGCCGACCGCCGAUUCCCCACAGGCGAGGUGUACGUGUGCCUCGACCGCGCACCGUUCGCCCGAAAGAUGCAGUGCAUUCAGCAAUACUUGGUGAAGGCACAGGCGGCAGUGGGACACGGCGAGCAGUUCAUCGGAGCAUGCUCCGGCUACGCAGGUCGGAUCGGCAGCGCGCUCGAUGAGGUCACGCGAGUUGACGGCGGUCGCCGCGGAGGCGUCGCCCCGAUUCUGUAUGACCGCGCCGUCUUCGAAUCGGCUUUCCUCCUGACAUGGACCGAACCAUGA